UCUCAAAUUCCCGGUCCCGGAAUAAUCGCCUGGAUGAACACGUCAGGCUCCGAUUAUCUUGCUUGGCAUGCCACGUGGGUUCCUCAGUGGAUCCUAUAAAUACCCCCCCGGGCCACGUCAAAAAGGUAAUUGAAACCAACCUUAAGCUUUUCUUAUCUCCGCCUUAAAGGUAGCCCCGAUUAUUGCUGACUUAAGCAUCGGAGUGUCUACCCCGAGUUCCACCUCGGGGCUUUGCAGGUCAUCCCGAAGUGCAAGCGCGGACUGGAGAAGAACUUCUGGUUUGGUGCAAUUACAUUGGCGCCGUCUGUGGGAAUCGAACUGAAAGCUUUCUAGUUGCUCUUCCAUCAUGGUUCACACUCGAUCAAUCCGAGCUGGCAAUUCAUCUCUGCCUCAUGGGCAAGGUCAACCCCCCAACAACCUUCCACCUCCGAUACCACCUCAGCUUCCACCUCAGGUCCCAAUUAUGUUCCCUCCUGUUGAUCAUGUAGAAGGAGGAGAUGAAAAUCAACCUCAUGUCUCAGCUCACAAUUCAACUUCCACUGCCAACCAAGACGUGCUUUUAGCUAGAAAUAAUCCUGGUGAUCCCCUCAUUAAUUUACUAAACCCUGCUCAACAACCCCCAGCUCCACAACAAAAUCCCCAACUGGUUCAACCUGCUCCCGCUGUUAGUGAAUCUCAAGAUCAAUCCCACAUAGCACCCGCUCAACAACCCAUCCCUGAUGAUGUUACCCGCCGCCUUGAUAGCUUAGAAAAGCUGGUAGCUGAACACCGAGGUGCCCCACCCCCACGCCAUGCUACUAACUCCAUACCUCACCCCUUGAAUACCAACAUCACGCUGGAACCCUAUCCUACUGGCUUCAAAAUACCACAAUUGGAGACUUAUGAUGGGACGAAGGAUCCCGAUGACCACCUGCACGCUUUUUACUCUUGCAUGCAAGCUCAGAACGCCUCUGACGCGUUAAUGUGCAAAAUUUUCCCCUCUACUCUGCGAGGUAAUGCUCGAACUUGGUAUUACAGUCUACCUCCGAGGUCGAUCAGCUCUUACACAGAAAUGGCAUCUGCCUUUGCCACUAAGUUUUCCAGUAGAAGGUUGAUUAGGAAAACUACUUCUGAGUUGAUGAGGGUUAAACAGAGGGACGGGGAAUCUCUGAAGAACUACAUGAGCAGGUUCAAUGAUGCAGUAUUGGAGGUUAGUUCUUUUGACCAAGCUGUGGGCAUUGCGGCUGUAAUCGCUGGUCUCAAACAUGAUAGGUUCAGAGACAGUUUGAUCAAACAUGCUGCCACCACCUUUAGCGAGGUGAAUGAUCGGUCUCUUAAGUUUAUAACCGCUGAGGAGUAUGCCCUGGCACAAAACCCACCCCCCUCUAAGAACCAGAACCCAGAGUGGAGAGACGACAAUCCGAGCCAGACAAGGAUGAGGAUGGCACAGAACUGAGGUCCGAUGUUGACCUCCCCACCGAGAUUCGGAAGGC